CACAGACAAAUCCGUGUUUAUCGAACAAAACGUUGACAUUUUCGUUGGUGAACCAUCUCAGUGGGAGCUUGAAGAAUUGAGAUCGGGUUGCAGCUUUCUAUCUUUUUUCCUUAAUCCGCAAUCACUCCAAUGGCGAAAAAAUCAAAACAGACAUUGCCGCUUCACAAAGUGAUCAUGGUUGGAUCCGGUGGCGUUGGUAAAUCAGCGCUUACCCUCCAAUAUAUGUACGGUGACUUUGUAGAAGAAUACGACCCCACCAAGGCCGACUCUUACCGCAAGAAAGUCAUGUUGGACGGGCAAGAGUGUCAAAUUGAUAUUCUUGAUACUGCUGGACAAGAGGAAUAUGCAGCUAUUCGCGAUAACUAUUAUCGUUCCGGCGAAGGGUUUCUCUGCGUUUUUUCUGUCUGUGAAAAUGAGUCAUUCGAACACACCCAGGAAUUCCGAGAUCAGAUUUUGCGUGUACUUGACGAUGAUACGAUUCCUUUCAUUUUGGUGGGAAACAAGGUCGAUUUAGCUCAUUUGCGCAAAGUGUCGUCGGAUGACGCUCAGCAAUUGGCAGACGAAUGGAACUGCCCCUACUUGGAAACAUCGGCAAAGACUCGACAAAACGUAGAAGAAGUGUAUACUUUACUUAUGCGACGCAUUCGAGACCGUAAAAUGCAAUUGCAUAUGUCAGAAGGCAGAUCAAAAAAAGGAAAAUGCGUUAUUUUAUAAAUGAUGCUUCUUCUAUUUUGUUUCUUACUUUCCUUUCCAUGACAUCUUCUUUUCCCAUCCUCGAUCAUGCAACACUCAUACGAAUUCUUACUACACAAGCUCGUCCAUUGUCCGCUCAUCGAAUCAUCUGAUUUUCUUUGAUAGUCCCUAGCUCUAUUUUUUUCUUUGUCACCUUUCCUGUUCUUCUUCCUUUAACAAUGUGUCUAAUUGAUAAUUGCAUAUUCAUCGGAUUGUUUUCUUUGCGAAAAAGUGUUCUUUA